AUGACCACCUUGCAUGGAAGCGCCCCGUCUCUUCGGAGACGUGCAAGGGGUUGCAUACCGCCGGAGGGAAGUCAUUUUAGGAGUUGCUUGAGUCUGGAGUUACAUCAUUGGAGGAGAGUAGGAGGUCAAUUGAUCAAAGAAGAUUCGUAUCCGAGUUCAGACAGUUCAGUCGAGAUGUCGGACGAGCUAGCUUCCACACUUGCUUCCAUUCAGGAGUUCAUGGCAGGGGCUUUUCCACCUGGGACUUCACAUGGCGUUCCAUUCCAUUUAUCAAAUCAUUGUGAGACGGCUCCACCACCUACUGUCACAGUGUCACCUCCCAUGGUUCCUACUAUUGAGGAUACUCGAUUAGCCGAGCAGGAGGCCAAGGUUGAGAGGCUUGAGUCCAUGAUGAGACAGAUCAGAUUGCAGGACGGAGGUUUGACUUGGGAUGAAAAAGACGGCAUACCGGCGGCUAGCUUGCCCGCCAAGUUUCGCAUGCCAGACAUUGAGCAUUACAGUGGGAUUGGUUGUCCCAAGAUCCACUUGAGACUAUACAGCACAGUCAUGAGGGCACAUGGUAUAGAUGAUGCGCAGUUGGUAGCCCUCUUCCCUAUGUCACUUAGUGGAGCAGCUCAGAGGUGGUUUGCUUCAGUUGAGCCUUCGAGACUCCGCACCUGGGGAGAUGUGGCUUGUGAGUUCCUGACCCAGUUCACUUUCAGUGCUGAUAUUGACGUAUCUAGACGAGAGUUGGAGGCCACCAGGCAAAGGCCAAAUGAGUCUAUUUCUUCUUUUGUCACUUGCUGGAGGGCAAAGGUGGCUGGUAUGAUAGACCGACUUAAGGAGCAGGAUCAAAUUGAUAUGGUUCUUCGGAACCUACAGCCGAGGUUCGCGAGACGUCUUGUGGGCGUCCCAUUUCAGGACCUCAAGAGUCUGGUUCAGGCAGCUUUUAGUGUUGAGGAGGUCAUCACUCGAGGAUUAUGGAUGGAUGCUACUCCUUCCCCUGACAGUAAAGGGAAGAAGCCGAUUGGAUCAUUUAGUAGAUCUGGAGAGGUUGGCGCUAUUAGCUAUCAGCAUCGGAGGCCCGCACAUCACUCGCCUUACAGACCUCCUCCAGUCAGGGCUCAUUUCCCUCAUCCACAGUAUCAGUAUCAGCCAGAUUAUGUUCAGGAGCCCUACAUUGCUCAAACUAGCAUGCAGCCACGACCACCGUAUCCGAGAGCCGCUACUCACCCGCCACCUAUACCAUAUGCACAAAGGCCAGCGAGACAGUUCACUCCCUUGGGCAUGACUUUGACUAGAGCUUUUGAGAAACUCAGAGAUGGUGGUUUGAUUAUUCCUUUGGCGCCACGCCCUUUACCACAUCCUAUUCCUCCACAUUUUCGCUCUCAUGAGCAUUGCUUGUAUCAUCAUAUUCAGGGACAUGAUACUGAGCGUUGUUCGGCACUCCAUCAUGCGAUACAAGACUUGAUCGAUUCGGGGUUGGUCAACUUGGUUGGGCCAAGUGUGACCACCAAUCCUCUACCUACGCAUUCUACACAUGCGGUUCCUCCUCCUCCUAGUCUUUAG